AUGCGCGCCCUCCAGCCACUAAGACGAAGGGCAUUUGGCCUUUCAAGGACAUUAAAGUUCUCGCGGACGCUGGCGACACACGUCCCAGGACCAUUUACCGAAAUCUCAGUGCUGCCCAACGGAUUGACAGUCGCGACAGAGUCUCAUCCUCAUGCUCAAACGGCAACCGUUGGCGUCUGGAUUGACGCUGGUUCGCGCGCAGAGACAGACGCAACAAACGGCACGGCCCACUUUCUAGAGCACAUGGCCUUUAAAGGAACCCAGAAAAGGACUCAACAGGCACUCGAACUCGAAGUUGAGAACCUCGGCGCCCAUUUAAACGCCUACACCUCGCGCGAGCAAACUGUCUACUAUGCAAAAGCAUUCCGCCAAGACGUUCCGCAGGCCGUCGACAUCAUCUCGGACAUUCUCCAAAACUCAAAGCUCGAAGCUGCAAAGAUUGAGCGCGAGCGGGACGUCAUUCUCCGAGAACAGGUAGAGGUCGAUAAGCAACACGAAGAGGUUGUUUUCGACCAUUUGCACGCCGUUGCAUUCCAAGGUCAGCCAUUGGGCCGUACCAUCUUGGGUCCUCGUCAGAACAUUCUCUCCAUCAAGCGGGACGAUUUGGAUAACUAUAUCAAGACCAACUACACCUCUGACCGCAUGGUUCUCGUCGGAGCGGGAGGCGUUGACCACCAGGAUCUCGUCAAGCUGGCCGAGAAGCACUUUUCCUCGCUCCCGCAGUCCCCCAACCCGACGCCCCUCGGCAGGCUCUCGCACACCAAGACAGACUUCGUAGGCUCAGAAGUCCGCAUUCGUGACGACACCAUGUCCACCUGCAAUGUGGCCAUCGCCGUGGAGGGCGUCGGUUGGUCAUCUCCAGACUAUUUCCCGAUGCUCGUGAUGCAAUCAAUCUUUGGUAACUGGGAUCGUUCGCUCGGUGCUUCUCCACUCCUCUCUUCGCGGCUGAGCCACAUCAUCUCAUCCAACAAUCUUGCCAACUCGUUCAUGUCGUUCUCCACCUCGUACUCUGACACUGGUCUCUGGGGUAUCUAUCUCGUCUCUGAAAACCUCGUCAACUUGGAUGACCUCGUCCAUUUCACACUCAAGGAAUGGACGCGAAUGUCAAUUGCACCCAAGGAGAAUGAGGUCGAACGUGCAAAGAGCCAGCUCAAGGCCACCUUGCUGCUCACAUUGGACGGCACCUCCGCCAUUGCUGAGGAUAUUGGCCGGCAAGUCGUUACAUCUGGUCGACGCUUCACGCCAAAGCAGAUCGAAAAUGCCAUCGAAGCCGUCACCGUUGAUGAGAUUAAGCGAGUGGCACAAAAGUACCUCUGGGACAAGGACUUUGCCAUGGCUGCAUAUGGAAGAGUCGAAGGUCUACUUGAUUACAACAGAAUUAGAAGCGACAUGUCGAGCAUGACGUUCUGA